GCAAGUUGUUGUAAAUUUGCGUUUUAGAAAAUUAUGGCUGAAAGUAAAAUUAUUAAUCGAGUUAAUCCACGAGCAUCAGCAGUUGUGAUAACCAAAAGCCCAAAACAUGUUUCGACGAAUCAAAGUGGAAUUGAGCGCCUUAAAAAUGAAGUGGUGAAAGCAAUUGUCGCAAAGGAGCUUGACGUAAGCAAUUUUUCUCAACACCAGCAUCAUCCAAAACCCAAUGAUAAAAAUGCAAUUGAAUGGAUUUUUCUAAUUGAUACACUGAAUUUUUGUUUCUGGACACCUGGAAAUGCAACAAAAUGGAAAGUUUGUGGGGAAACGGGGUAUUUCGCACUAUGCGCAGCAAUCAGGGCAGCAAUAAAUCGUGGAAUUGAUAUUACAAACGCAAAUUACUAUUCGAAAAUUACCAUCGAAGAAUUAUCGGAUAUAUUGCGUGGAGAUGACAAUGAAACUAAAGUGCCUUUGCUUGAAGAACGUCUCAAAUGUUUGCAUGAGGUCGGUACUAUAUUGAUUGAAAAAUUUGAUGCGAAAUUCGAAAGUUGUCUUAUUGAGGCUGAUCACUCUGCAAGACGUCUCUUGCGGAUUGUUACCGAUGAAUUUCCCUGCUAUCGUGACGAAGCAGAAUGGAAUGGCAUAGGAAUUUCUAUUUAUAAACGUGCACAAAUUUUGAUUGGAGACCUGUGGGCAUUUUUUGGCGGCCAAGGCGAUGGUUUUUUUGAAGAUAUUGAAUAUAUCACCAUGUUUGCUGAUUACCGUGUACCUCAAGUUCUUGUUUAUUUUGGUGCUAUGACUUACGAUGAUCAUCUUAUGAAACUAUUGCAAGAAGAUACAAUUUUGGAAAAUGGUUCAAAAGAGGAAGUAGAAAUUCGUGGAACGACAAUAUUCGUCGUUGAAGAAUUGAAAAAACGUGUAAUUGCUGAGCUUGAAUUAAAUUAUCCCGAUGUUCCCAGAACAAAUGUAAAUUCCAUUUUACUUGACCACUUCCUAUGGGACUACCGAAAGAAGUUCGAAAAGAAGUUCGAAAAGAUUCCCUUUCAUAAAACUAUCGGCAUUUUUUAUUAAAAAACAGAAAAAACUAAAUUGAAAAAAUUACGAUCUUCAUUGUGGAAGAUUAAUCAGCAUCACGGUCUUAGCAAAGUUUAUUUUCCGGUCAUAAAACAAUAAAUAGAUUUUUUUUCAAUAAUAAUAAAUUUCCUUUUAUUCACAAAUUUAUAUCAUUUUCAAAUUAAAUUCCAAAAUACAAAUCUGAAGACAUACUUUGGCAAGAUACAUAUUCGAAUAAUGCGAUGUUAUAUCAUGUAAUUUCAUUGAAAAUACUAAAAUAUUGUACAUAAAUGGAAUGGAUAUAAUAUAUAAAAACUAAUUUUAACAUUCUCUGUUAUAUUCUUGUAAAAAAGGAUGCCAAUGCACUAAUCAGCUGUGCUGGAGUAAAAUCCAUUUCAUUGUUAUGUGAACGAUAAAAAUGAUGUGAAAAGAGACAAAAAUUUAAACACUUAAA